CCCUACUAACUAGUCCCCAAAUUCAGGGAAACGCUUACUCCAAAACACUUUUUUCGGAAUUAGGAUUCCAUCUACGUGAAUACCUCUCGACAACUUCAACUGCCCAUAUCCCCUCUUUUAAGCAAUCAGAGUGUUGUUUCAAUGGCUACCGACGCCAGUUCAGAUCGGAAUGCGACAGCCAAACCUGUGCUGCUACCGGAGAUUGGGUCCGAUGGUAUUGCUAGAGAAUCACCGGUCAUUGCUUACACCGAGAAGAUAAUUGAGGCAGAGCAGCUUCAAUUAAGAAAAUAUAUAGAUGAAAAUUACUCCAAGAUUCGUGAUGUUGAGAAGGAACUGGCAAACCUGUCAAUGGAGAUGAAACUUACAGCUGGGCCUAAGAAAGCAGCACUUGAACACAUGAGAAAGAAAAUAGAAAUGUCAGCAGAGAAAAUCCGUAUUGCUAAGGAGAAGGAAGAACAAGCACGAAAGGCAUGGGAAGCAGCAUUAAAAGCUGUUAAGGAUGAGGAGGAUUUCAAGCAAAAGCUUUGUGAAGACUUGAAUAAUCUGGUUCGUGAAAGUAGUAACACUCAGCUAGCUAGAUUGGAGGAACUGAAAAGGAAGCUGGAAGCUUUAAAUCCAAGCAGAGCAUCCACAUCCUCUGCCUUGGAUCUGAAUUCUGUGGGACCUGCACCAAGCAGUAUGAAUCGAGAUGUUCCCUCAGUUCAAGGUUCACAAGAAUCAUUAAAUGGAUCAUCUGAAACUACAUUGAAAGAAGGAAACACUGGAAAUGCUGCAGCAGAAAAUGGACAAAACCAACAACGUGAAGCAAGAGGAAAGAAGAAAAUUAAUGCCCAAGGAAGAGAGAAGGGAAUUGGCAUAAUACCUAAAAGUAGAGGUGCAGCACCACCUGGUUGGACGGGGUCUGGGUUUGAUGUGGAUGGUAGAAGUUGAUGACAGUUCAGUUUCGAUUUAAAAGAGGAAAAAGAUUGGAGGCCAUGUUCGUGACUGAAUGAGUCUAGUCGAGCUUUGCCGAUUGGAUUAGUCUAAGAGCUACAUUGUGAUUUCAAGUUCAGUUUAUUUAAGGACUAAACUGGUUGAGUCAAGUGGUACAGAAGGCCUUCCUUGUGAAUAUGGUCCCCGAGAUGAAUAAGAUAACC